AUGCGGCCCGAUGGCAUCUCCAGCACAAAUGGUUCUUCUCAUGCGUUAAACGGCUCGACCGCGUCGCCGUCCCAGAAGGCGGGCUUCUCCCACCCCCUGAACGGCCAGGCCUCCUAUGUCGCUUCCAACGGGGCCGCUCACACGAACGGAUCGCAAAAGGCAUCGCUCAGUCCUCCUUCAUACUAUGGCCACGAUCGGGAAGAGGUCACGAGGAUCCUGAUCCAGAGCCUGUACGAGCUGGGCUACGAUGGGGCUGCGACACUGUUGAGCAAAGAGAGCGGGUAUCAGCUGGAGAGCCCGGCCGUUGCUACUUUUAGGAACGCGGUGCUUGAGGGGCGAUGGACGGAGGCGGAGCAUAUCCUGGUGCAGUCCUUCUACCCGGACGGAGGCGGGCGGGCGGGCGGCAGCGGCGACCCCACGACGAACAAGGAGAAGCUGGUCUUGGUGGAACAUGCGGAGAAGAACGAGAUGCUCUUCUACCUCCGGCAACAAAAGUUCCUCGAAUUGUUGGAAGCCCGGGAUCUGGCGGCCGCUUUGAUCGUUCUUCGCCAUGAGUUGACGCCCCUCAAUUAUGACAUCGCCCGUUUGCAUGCUUUGUCAAGUCUUCUUAUGUGUCCUCCGGAGCAUCUUCAUGACCAGGCUGGCUGGGAUGGCCCCAUUAGCUCCUCCCGGGAGCGACUCUUGUCGGAGCUGUCAAGGUCGAUAUCACCUUCCGUGAUGAUCCCGGACAAUCGUCUCGCUAUCUUACUCGACAGUGUCAAGCAAAAUCAGAUCAACCAGUGCUUGUAUCACAACACGGCAUCUCCUCCGUCGUUAUAUUCGGAUCACAUGUGCGAUCGGAAGAACUUUCCCUUGCGAGCAGGCAUCGAGCUGAGCCAGCAUUCGGAUGAGGUCUGGUGGUGUCAGUUUUCGAAUGAUGGCACGAAAUUGGUGACGGCGAGCAAAGACCGGAGUGUGAUCAUCUACGACACAAGCAAUUUCGCCGUCCUCCAAAAGCUGAUGGGGCACGAGGAUGGUGUCGCACAAUGUUGUUGGAGCCCGGAUGACUCGAAAAUCAUAACCUGCUCCCAGGACAAGACAGCCCGUGUUUGGAGUGUUGAGACCGGCCGGUGCCUUCUGACCAUCAAUCACCAUCGUCAUCCAGUGACGGCGGCAGCCUGGGCGCCGGAUGGCGAGUCUUUCGUCACGGCCGCUCUCGAUGUCAGCUCGCAACUGUGUCAUUGGAGCAUGCGUGGGCAGUCUAUGUACAUGUGGCCAGAAGGCUUCCGCGUUCAAGACUGCGCUAUCACCCCCGACGGCCGGCGACUCAUUGCGGCAGAUCUUGACCAAAAGGUCCACGUCUACAACUUUGUCACCCGGGAGGAGGAGUACUGUCUCGCUCUCAAAAGCAAGCCGACCUCAGUCGCAGUCAGCCGAGACUCGCGGCAUAUGCUGAUCAACUCGGCCGAUGGGCAAAUACAGCUUGUCGACAUCAAUUCAACAGAUGUUGUCCGGUGCUUUUCGGGACAAAAGCAGGGCCACUUUGUCAUUAGAAGUGUCUUCGGAGGCGCUGCAGAAAACUUUAUCGUCAACUCUCGCGUUUAUAUUUUCCAUAAAGAAGCCGGCACUCUGGUCGAAGCCUUGGAAGGACAUGUCCGAGGAUGCGUAAAUUCGAUGUCCUGGAACCCCCAAAAUCCAGGGAUGUUCGCGUCUGCAGGCGAUGACUGCUUGGUUAGAAUGUAG